AUAUAAUAAACAAUAUCCCAGCCGGCCAGUAUACUAUUAGCAAGACGCUCAAUCCCCCCGAUCUGUUCCUCACCAAUAAAACCCUUCUUUUGCUAGCUGUAAUACAACGAUGCUAACAUACUAUUAUGACCACUUCUACAUGUUUGCAACUCACAAGUUUGUGUGGAGAGAGUGCUUCUCACGUACUUCACUUUUCAAAUCUUAUUAUAAAUACACACACAUAAUCUCCAAGGAAGAGAGACAAAAUCAGAUAACAUAUUUACAAAUCACUAAAAGAUAACACAAAAGCAGAAGAUGAAGCUGCUGUCUCUCUUUGUUUUCGUCCUUUGUCAACUAAAGUUGUUAAUGGUUGUGUCAGGCUCCAUACCACUCGUUCAGAAACCCUUCACUGCUAUUUUACCAAAGCCUCACAUUUCACCAAAUACUCUGCCUUUUAAAGAUGUUUUGUCCUCUGUUUACUAUCUUAAUAAAUGUCCACAAGCUGAAGGAAUCAUCCAACAAAAGGUGAAGGCUUGGUUCCACAAGAAUUACACAUUGGCUGCCAGCCUCAUUCGCUUACACUUCCAUGACUGUGCUGUUAGGGGGUGUGAUGCUUCAAUUUUGUUAAACCAUAAAGGAAGUGAAAGGAGGGCAUUGGCCAGCAAGACACUAAGAGGUUUCCAAGUGAUUGAUGAUAUCAAAGCAGAAGUAGAGAAGAGUUGUCCUAAAACUGUCUCUUGCGCAGACAUUCUUACAGCUGCUGCUAGAGAUGCCACUGUGCUACUUGGAGGUCCAUUUUGGGAAGUCCCUUUUGGCAGAAAAGAUGGCAAAAUUUCCAUUUCCAAAGAAGCUGACAUGGUUCCUCAGGGCCAUGAAAAUGUUACUCAAUUGAUUGAUUUCUUCCAAGCAAGAGGCUUGAGCAUACUAGACUUGGUUGUCCUCUCAGGUUCACACACAAUAGGCAGGAGCACUUGCUAUUCUAUCCUGCACAGGCUAGCCAAGUUUGAUCCUACACUUGAUAGAAAAUAUUUGAAGAACUUGACAAGGUCAUGUAAAUGGAGCAAUGACUUUGUGCACCUUGAUGUGACAACUCCAACAGCUUUUGAUAUAGAGUAUUACAAGAAUCUCGGAAAGAAGAUGGGAUUGCUGUCAACUGAUCAAGCACUCUUCUUGGAUCCAAGAACUUCACCUUUUGUUUCUGCAUUGGCAACUCAGCCUGACCUCUUCUUUAACCAGUUUGCUGUGUCUAUGGUGAAUCUUGGAAAUAUUCUGAUCCCAGCUCAUCUCAAUCAGAAAGAAGUCAGAUUGAAUUGCAAUUAUGUUAAUCCUUGA